UCCUCGCAAUGCGCCAUCCCACCGCGCUGCGGACCUUUUCCCUCGAAGAAGGCUUAAUAAACAUGGCGUUGUGAAUCGAAGCGUGCGUCGCGUCGAAUGAAUUGAAAUUCGCGAAUAAUUAAAUAUUACUGGCUUCCCGGGUUAAUUUACAAAUCAAGGACUAAGGGGCACUGCUUACGACGUCGGAACCUUCAUUGACCAAAACACAGCGGUGUAUGGAAGCCUGACUGCAGCUAGAGUGGCACAAUGAUGGAGGCAGCGACCCACUUUGUGGAAGUGGUGCCCGAGGACAUGCAGACUCUCGGCACUGAAGAAGAGAUGCUGCCUCCCGUGUCGGCUUCGGUGGUCUCCUCUUCCUCCAUCAUCAACAUGAACACCCUCAUUUACUCUCAGGGUCCUGAUGGGAUUAUCAUGGAAGGUGAUGAAAUAGGGCCUGAUAUUGUGGGUGAGAUUGUGACCGACGACAGUCCCGACAUGAAAGUGCUGCCCACCAACCAAGUGAUUCACAUGGACUUGGCCCGAGAAAAGCACCAGGAGGAGACGACCCUGGGUGGACUGGAGGGCCAGGGUUUCAUGAAGGGCCACGCGCUGCAUUCGCCCGUGAGCCAGAUGCUUCUGCAGGAAGGGGAGGCCAACGGGGAGAUAAUCCUGGUGCCCAACUCGAUGAUCAAGCAGGAGGACAUCAUCGAAGGGGGCGAGGUGGUGGUGGGGCCCUCGCCCGACAUGGCUGUCGAAGAGGCCCUGUUUGAGCCCACCCUGGAGGAAGACUGUCGUGACCUGGCCCCCAUCGAAGAGGUCGGCUACGAGUGCCAGGACUGUGGCGCGGUGCUCAAGAGUCGCAGCGCAUUCAAGAAGCACGCCCGCAUGCACCACGGGGUGUCGCGCAAGGCGGCUCGCAACGCCAGCUAUGCCAGCUCCGAGGAGAGCUCGCUCUGUCCGCUCUACUCGUGCCCAUCGUGCCCGUACAUGUCUCCGCGGCGCGACAAGCUGGACAAGCACAUAAUGAAGCACGUGCUGCAGGAGGGCUUCCACCCUUGCGGCAAGAAGCGCCACAAGCCUGAGGCGCCCCCACAGCGGCACCGACACAAUGCAGAGGAGUACCGUUGCCCCUUCUGUCCAUACACGUGUACCGUGUACAAGGCGUACCGCAAGCACCAGAAGGCCCACGUGCUGGGUGCCGCGAAGCUGGCACCCGUCAAGCUGAGCUGCAAGAUCUGUGGCAAAGAUCGCUCUACUGAGGCCGACAUGCAGAAGCACAUGAAAAAGCACCGCAGCGGAGAGAACUUUGUGUGCGACGUGUGUGGUUUUGCGAGCAUCCAGCUGAAAAAGAUAAUCCAGCACCGACGCAUGCAUACGGGCGAGAAGCCGCACCUGUGCCCGCACUGCAGCUACCGGUCGGCACGCAGGGACAACCUCCGCUCACAUGUGCGCCGCAUGCACAAAAAGGAGAACAUGUACAUCGACACGUUCAACCCCAACGAGGAGGUGGUGUAUGAGUGAACGCUGUUCAUUGGCCGCCGCCGGUCGCUCGUGGGGGGGGGGGGGGGGGGCAGCUCGAGCACAGUGCGCAGUGCGUGUCGAUGCCACCGUGCAGGAGGCACACUCGGGGCUGACCGCUGCGCACCAGCCCGUUGGCCGCCUGCAGGGAGCAGGCCUCGCUUGCAUGCCGCCUUCAAAGAAUAAAUGGGUAGUAGGACUUACGUUCACA